AUGCCAGCGGGCAGCAGCACCCAACCGCCUGUGAAGCUGUCGCUGCCUCUGCAAUUUCAACAAGAUCUCUACAAUCUCCUCCGCGCCGAAGAUCUCCUUGUGAUUCUUGCUCGUGGCCUUGGUCUCCUCAAAAUCGUCACUAAUCUCCUCCAUUCCUAUGAUGCUACAGGAAACAGUCUUGUCAUCGUCGUUGGUGCCGAGGAUCGCGAGAAUGACUGGAUUGGCGAAGCCCUCGCGGAGCACUAUGCCAUCUCUCGAAGCGCUCAGGCCAGGGGUCUGCGGGUCAUCAAUACCGAGAAGGCGAGUGUGCCGAUGAGAGAGAAGAUAUACGCAGAAGGUGGUAUUGUUAGCGUGACGAGCAGAAUACUGGUGGUCGACCUGUUAUCGAAACUGCUUGAUCCUGAGACUGUGACUGGACUUGUUAUUCUUCAUGCAGAGAAGAUCAUCGCUACGAGCGUUGAGGCAUUCAUUGUCAGAAUCUACAGACAGUUCAACAAGAUCGGGUUUCUCAAGGCGUUCUCAGAUUCCCCGGAGCCCUUUGUCUCGGGGUUUGCGCCGCUGGCCAACAUGAUGCGCAAUCUAUUCUUACGGAAACCGAGUCUGUGGCCAAGGUUUCAUGUCACUGUUGCACAAUCACUGGAGGGAAAGAAGAAGGCUGAGGUGAUCGAGCUGGAAGUGCCGAUGACGGAGUCGAUGAGGGCGAUUCAGAAUGCGAUACUGGAAUGUGUCGAGGUCAGCAUCGGCGAAUUGAAAAAGGCCAACAGCGGACUGGAGAUGGAGGAUUGGACGCUCGACUCGGCUCUGCAUAAGAACUUUGAUGUCAUCAUUCGACGGCAGCUGGAUCCGGUUUGGCAUCGAGUGAGCUGGAGGACCAAGCAGAUCGCUGGCGACCUUACCGUACUACGCUCCAUUCUGCACUCCCUGCUGAGCUAUGAUUGCGUCUCUUUUGUCAAGUACCUCGAUACAGUGCUGGCUGCGCAUUCACCACCACCUGGCUCUACCCGCCAAAAUCAAUCUCCAUGGCUUUUCCUUGACGCAGCCAAUACCAUAUUUCAAUCCGCAAGGUCUAGGGUAUAUAGUGGGAAAGUCGAUGAUGGCAGUGUGCUACCAACCUCGAAUCUACCUGAUACAUUAAGACCUGUGCUAGAAGAGCAGCCAAAAUGGGAGCUAUUAUCCGAUAUUCUGGAUGAAAUUGAAAGAGAGAAUUACUUCAAUCCAGUCAUCCGGGAUGACUCUAACGGGACCAUUCUUAUCAUGUGCAAUGACCAGCCAACGUGUCGUCAAGUACGGGAAUAUCUUCAGACCAUGCGGCUAAAGGCUACAAAGCCUGAGGAGAAUGGUACAGGCCAGGCCCCGCACGAGGUAGAGGAAGAGGCAGAAAAGCCUUCCGCCGAGUUCAUGCUUCGCCGGAAGCUGCGAGAGUAUCUGGUGUGGAAGCGCACUUUUGCGCAAGUGAGCGCUUCUCUCUUCGAGGAAAACCAGAAAUCCCUCAACGGCAUCAAGGAAGCAUCAAUAUCAAACAAUUUCCGUGGUAGAGCACCACCAAACAAACGACGUCGGAUCCGUGGAGGUGGCGCUGCUGGCACAAACCCCAGAACAGCUAAUGGCGCCGUGUCUGCUGCAGAUGAGAAAGCGGCCCAGGUCGCAAAUCUUCUGGCUGAAAUCCAGCCAGCAGGAGAUGAGACUCUAGUGAAAGAAGACGUUGUGAUAGACGACCUCACCGAAGCCGGCGACGACUUCUUCGAGCUCUACGAUCCCGAUGACUCCCUGAUAAUCCACCCCUACGACGCCGACAUGGACGAUAAUCUCCUGGAAGAACUCCGGCCCCGCUACAUCAUCAUGUACUCCCCCUCCUCAGACUUCAUCCGUCGCGUCGAAGUGUACCGCUCUUCUCACACUGACCGCAACGUACGGGUCUACUUUACCUACUACGGCGGCAGCGUGGAAGAGCAACGCUAUCUCUCCUCUGUCCGCCGCGAGAAAGACGCCUUCACCAAACUCAUCCGUGAACGCGGCUCUAUGGCGAUUACCCUCACAGAUACAGGGGCUGUGGAUCCGCAAGAAGCCUUCCUCCGCACUGUCAACACCCGUAUCGCUGGUGGCGGCCGACUAGCAGCAACAGCUGCCCCACCCACCGUCGUGGUCGAUGUCCGUGAGUUCCGCUCCGCGCUCCCGAGUCUGCUGCACGGGCGCAGCAUGGUCGUCGUGCCCUGCCAGCUCACCGUGGGCGAUUACGUUUUAUCACCCAGCAUCUGUAUCGAGCGGAAGUCAGUGCGCGAUCUCAUCUCCUCCUUCAAAAACGGACGGUUAUUCAACCAAGCCGAGACGAUGCUCCAACACUACAAGAACCCAUUCCUCCUCAUCGAGUUCGAACACAACAAAUCAUUCACCUUGGAUCCCUUUGCCGAUCUGAGUUCCAUCUCGACACUCAAGCUGCCGGAGAAUGACAACAAGGACCUCCAAUCCAAGCUUGUCCUCCUGACUCUGGCGUUCCCGCGACUCAAGAUCAUCUGGUCGUCAUCGCCCUACCAAACCGCCGAGAUCUUCGAGGAGCUGAAGAAGAACCAGGAGGAGCCGGAUCCGAUCCGCGCCGUGCAGAUCGGGCUCUCUCCCGAGGAAGAAGCGGGGGGAAGCAUGGUGGGUGGGGAACAGGCAGGUGCGGCAAGGACGUUCAACCCCGUCCCGCAGGACCUGUUGCGCUGUGUGCCAGGUGUCGAUAACAAGAAGCUGCAGCGGUUGGUGCUGGAGGUGCGCAAUGUGCAGGAGCUGGCGAAUAUGAGUGUGCAGGAGUUGGAUCCCUUGGUGGGCGUGGAGAGCGGGAGGAGGAUCUGGAAGUUUUUCAACCGCAGUGUCUUUGAGGGGGAGGGGGAAGCGUGA